AAUAACAUGUUUGUUUGCUUUGUUUGUUGUGAUUUUGGAUAAAGUUAUAUAUUUUACUUCUUUAUUAAUGCAAUUAUAAAUAAGUGUUUUAAAAUCACAUAAUUUUAACAUUGGUGAUCAAAUGGAAUUGCAUUUAUAACAAAUCAUCACGGCAUGACUGACAAACAGACGAAAUGGAUAUCAAGAACCGGAUGCUGCUGCAACACCAUCAGCAGGAGAUAAUCAAGGACUUGGAUGUCAAGUUCAUCCUCGACGAACUGUUCUCCCGGAAUGCCAUAAACAAUGAGGACUUUGAUCAUAUCUACACCUUGAGUGAUCGAGUAGAACGAGCGCGUUACCUUUUGGAGACGUUAGUUCAGAAUGGCAACAACAGCGCGUACGAGGCGUUCGUAGACAGCCUGGCCAAGGACUACAACUGGCUGUGGGUGAAGCUGGCGCUGGGGAACAACAAGGCCAUGAUUGAGGACAGCUUCGAAGACAGUAUCAGCAGGGGGGAUGUUCCGAGGCUGCCCGACCAUUUUGUCAGAAGAGAGGCCGUGGAAAAUAACGUAGCAAACAAACUCAAACACCUAACCCGUCACAAAAUCCUCGCACUACAUGGCAUGUCCGGAUCAGGCAAGACAUGUGUUGCCAUCAGCGUGUUGAGGCACAACCCCGAACUGAUCACAAACAACUUCAAUGGCGUCAUCUUCUGGAGGAAUCUAGGGAACUGCAAGACUGAAGACGAUAUAAUCGCGCAGCAGAAUAAGUUAUAUCGCAGAGCGUCUUCAAUGUGCACACACAACUCUUUCAUGAACUCAUCAGUUUCCAUGUCAAGUAUGGGAUCCAACGCUGACUCUCUCUCCAGCUACGACUGGAGCUGGCAGGAGCUCAGGGACAGGCUCAAAUCUGUAUUCUCUGAGCAGACGCUGAAGGAAUCUCUUCUGGUGCUGGAUGAGGUAAAUGAAAAGAAGUGCCUGGAAGCGUUCGAUAUUGGUUGCAAGAUAUUGGUGACUACAAGGGAUACAGAUGUUGUUGCUAAUUUUCAUCCGCAGAUCAUUAAGAUCGAAAACCACUUCACAGAGGCCGAGUCUCUAUCCCUAUUUGCCUCCUGCAUCGACAUCUCCGAGUCCAAGUUACCCCGCCAAGCCAAGAAACUGCACGAGAUCUGCAAGGGCAGUCCCUUCCAUAUUGCACUGAUUGGUGCCGAACUGUGCGAGAAUAAGGAGCGGCUGGUACAUGAUACAAGACACUGGAACUAUUAUCUCGGAAAACUGGAGCGAAAGGAUUUCUUUUUUUUAACACGCCAAAACGGGAAUCCAAUGAAAACAAUAGAAAUGUGCAUUAACUCACUGAAAUCCGACAUACUACCGCUGUUCAGAAUGCUGACUAUAUUGCCUGAUGGAGCGAAAGUGUCUGCUAAAGUCCUGAGCAAACUAUGGAACAAGGAUGUAGGCCGGGUGGAAUCGAUCAUGAAACAUUUACGAAGCAAGUCACUCAUCAUUGAGUUCUAUGACCAAGAGCAAAGAAACUAUAUUUACGAGAUACACGACCUUAUUAUGAACUACUUAAGGAGCAGUUCUAAUGAAGAGGACAUCAAAAAAAUACAUGGAGACUUCCUGAAGAGUUACAACUAUGAUAUGAAUACUGCUCCAGUUGAAAUCGAGGAUGAUGGUUAUAUAGCGUUCUAUAUUGGUUAUCAUUUGUUGAAUACACAGAAUUUGAACAAUAGAUGGGGUUUGUUCAAUAAAUUGUUUUUGAAUCUCAAGUUUUUGGGCAAUAAAGUUCGUCUGACUGGACCUGCGGAUGUUAUUUUGGAUUUGCAAAAAUAUGAGAACUACAUUGUCGAAGAGGAGCUAGACAAGGAUUUGGUGUACAGUAUAAAGGGGUUUCUGAGCACGCAUGGAACGGACCUCUAUCGCUACCCCUGUACCGACUUGGUACAGAGUGUGUUGCAACACGAAAGUCGCGGCAUCUUGUAUACGCACGCUGCAUCCAUAGCGGCCCAGCGGACAACACUCAACGAGCUCUACUUUGACUUUCUGCACGAACAAAAUGUAGAGGAAAUAAAACACUCAACGAUCGAUGCGAAGGAUGUCAUAACCACCGUAUGUUUCCUGGGGAAUUACGUGGUUGUCGGGACUGUUACCGGAGCUCUCAAGUUUUUCCACAUAACAACAAAUAAAUUAAAAAAGGAGUUGAAGUGUAGCGACUCAUCUGUUAAAUGGGUGGGUGCGAGUCCAGUGAACCCCAGUCGAGUCGCCUCGCUGUCCUACGACGGCGUGAUAAAGUUGUGUUACAUCGACGACCUAGAACAAGAGGAGAAUGAAGAAAUUAUUGAAGAAGAACCGGAAGAAUCUAUUACAAACUUUGCGAUAAACGUUACCAUCCAACCGAAGCUAGGUCCUUUUAUAAAUUGCCGUUGGGCCAACAAGGACGAGAUAAUCAUCACUCACACAUCGAAGAUGAUAAUUCUGUACACACCCAGCGGUAAAGUGCUGCAGGUCAUAGACAACUUGUACAGAGAACGGGACAUUAUGUGCUGCGUGCCAUGCAAUAAAGACAUGCAUGUGAUAGUUGCUACGGCUAACUCGACUCACAGUUUGGAUAUCAUCGAUUUGAAAACUAAGGAGAGACAUAGCGUUGAGGAGACUGAUACUGUUUUAGAUAUAGUGACUAUACCAAAUACCAGCAAAAUAAUAACUCUUAAAGAGAAGGAGAUAACUGAAUUCGAUUGCAAACUGAGCGGCUACCUGCGACAGAUAUGCACGAACUGCAAACAUCGCAUGAUACUGAGCAGUGCCAAUAUCAAGGACUCUGUCUGUUUCCUCUCUGUAGCUGUCAACAAGAAAGGCACACUGCUGUUUGUGUCUACGGACGACAGCAGAAUAAUAUGUGUGGAUAUUAAAACAACAUCAUACCUGUUUGAUUUGGAGAAUAAGAGAGGAAACGUGGUGACAAUGGCGGUGAGUGAGAUACUCACGUGGGAUGACUUCGAACCGGGGCCCGACGUACUGCUGUCAGGCACGGGAAACAUAGAGAACUCGGUCAAGGUGUGGUUCCUGGACGCUUCCUAUGUCUCACAGAAUACACUUAAAAACGGAAAAGCUCGUUUGACAACGAAAUUCGACGCAAGUUUCAUCCACACCGCAACCCCCAAUACGCCGAUAUCGAACAACACUUCACAUAGCACCAACAAUACACCGAAACGUCAUCAGUCAUUCGUUAACUCUAAAGACGUCGUGAAGAAAGUUGUCAAGUCUACGAUGAGCUUGGACAGACAUUCGCUGAAGCCGCUCAACUUAAAGGGCAUCUGUAAUGGACUCAUGGAUAAUGUGGCGCAACCUUUACUAGCAGUUGUGGAUGACAAGAAUAAUAUACAGGUGAUGCGUGGAAAAAAACUACUAACAGAAAUCUCAACAGAUGUGGACGAACAAAUAACAGCUAUAAAGAUAUCGCCGUGCAACCAACAUAUCGUAUUCGGUCUGUACUCGGGCGUUGUGAGGAAGUACUCCAUGUGCACCAAGGAAACCCUGGACAUAAUGGAUGUGUACAGUCCAGUGCAGUACUUGAACUUUGUGAACACCAACCUGUUGAUAGUGGCAGGAAAGAAUAGGUGUCUGAUGGCUUAUAAGAUGGGCGACGAGGGUUGGAAGAGUGAGAUGUUACAGCGGGGCAAUUGUAAUCUGGGUUCGCAGGAGAUACUCAAUGACUUGCAAGGUGUCAAAAAGAAACAUCAAAGUGAUCAACUGUCAAAUUCGAGCAGUGAACUGAGUGUUACAUCACGUUUGUUCUCCAACGGGGACACUCGGGAACGUCUGUGCAGGCCAAGCAACCUGGUUGCCUGCUACUGGGUCCAGGAGAUAGGCCUAGUUGCUAUAGAGACUAAUGCUACUAUCAAGCUGUGGGAUUGCGAGUUGAAACUGUCCAGUGUGUUGAAUGGUCGGCAGACAGACGUGUAUAUAAAGUGUUCUGCGUUCCAGAAGAAUAUUCUAGUCAUUUGUGAUGACCACAACAUGGCCUUUCAGACGUUAGAAUUGAAGAAACGCGGCGGAGUAUCGCUUAGCACGAUACAAGAGAGCAAAUUGAACAACAGGAUCAUAUCGUGCGCGCUGACCAGCGACGGAAACAUACUGGCUAUGGGUCUGGACUCGGGAGAUGUGGCUGUCUGGAAUGUACCGAACAAACGCCAGCUUCGUCUGCUAAAACACCACAAGAGCAAGGUCCAGUGGUGUGGGUUCUCCCCCAGCCCUGAGAAGUUGUUCAGAUCCAGCGCGUCUCCCUCUCACGCAAGUCCUACCCUCGAUGAUGAUGAACAGGCCCCAUUGGUACUGGUCACUAUGGCUGCGGAAAUAGUGUGGUGGAACAUCACAUAUAUCAUACGAAUGAGACCGAACAGGAGUUAUUGGAGAACUGGAUGGAACGUGGUGACUCCGAUAGCCAGCCCACUGGAGCCCCGCAGCGAAAUCUCCGGCGACCUAAACGUGGACAGCACCAACUUUUUCUUCAGCUCCAGCUUGCUGACGCCGCACUACCAGUGGAAGAGUAACUGGAGGAAAAAGACUUGCAAAGAAGGCUCAAAACGUAAGGAGAUACUUGCCUGUAUAAAACUGUCUGGUAUGUACGCUAAGAAGAUCUGUCACGACGAUCAGUUUUCGUGCUUUGUAACCGUCGACCAUCCAGGGCACGCCCAUAUCAUGUCGCUCAUGAAAACUAACUGUUGAAUUCUAAAUCUAGUUUUAAAUUCGGCCGAGUUCAAACAUAGUCAUCGUAGAGAAGACCAACGGAACUUUUAAGACUGUGCAGUAUUCAAAAUAGAUACCACAAAAACCAGAACAGAACCUUGGACUGCUUCCGUGAUUAUAUAUUAAUUUUUUCUUUAAUUAGAGCCAUUGACAGGAAGCGUAGUUUCAAAGGAAUAGUGGCGAUGAUACCGCUUGACAAAGUAAGGCCCGUGCAUUUUCAUUGCUCCAAUUCGGGCAAUUUUGUCUCUGAACAAAUCCAACAACAACAAACUAAUAUAGCGGUCAUCUUGGUUAACCAAAACCACUUUACUCUGUCAAAGUUCGAGCGUCUCUUUGGAAAAUGUAAAAAUCCUUUAAUGAUAUGUAUUAUUAUUUGAAGAUGGUGGCUAUUUGUCUAGUCCUAAUGAUGCCUAGUAACACCGCGUCCAGAAUUAAACUAUUGUGUUCGCCACUCAUACUUAUAGCUCAUGGUCAAGCCCUGCCGCCUUUACGAACCGCAGUAUCUUCCAGAACCAAUGAUAUAACUAUACUGUUGGACUGCACGAAGUAAUUUUUCUUCAAAAAUACUAUUCUGUUUACAGAUAAUAUAAUUUUAUGAUGAUUGGUGCGGUGAUAUGUGUGAGUGGCACGUGUUAUCAUGAAAAACGCUCAUCUAGAUCCACUGUAAUUAAGGCUGAGAGUGUACUUAUACUUUGAUCAGACUUUACUUACUUAGAACUUAGCUGAGUGUCUUAGCUCAAGCUCAGUAUAACUUCAGCUGUCAAAAGACUAUAAAAACGAAAGAUGAUUGAUUUACGUAAGUAAAGUCUGAGAAAAGGCAUGAAAGGCAUUUAUUUUCUCAAAAUUGAUUCCUUUAUAAUUCUUUUUGAUGUAAUUUCUAAUAACGACUAGAUACUACUACCGCUUCGGAAACAAAUUGCUUAGUACGCUCUAUAGAUCUCAACCUGAGUUUAUUCGGGUUAUCAAGAAUGACCCUUUUUUUCAGGGUUCUUGAUAAUUCUAAUUUUCUAAAAAUUCUUCUAUUAAACUCUUCCAGCUUAUUAUUGAUAUUGAAUGAUGGCAAAAAUAUUGAAUUAUAACAAAUCAUUGUUUCGUUUUUUGCUAUGUGUCAACUUAUAGAGUUUGACAACAUAUUAUUCACUUUUAGCACACAGUUCAGUCUGCGAAUAUAUGGGAAAGUCUAAUUGGUAUCUGAUUUUGUGUACCGCACAGUAUUAAGAUUAUUUUAGUUUUUACUCUACUGUCUUGUGAUAACUAUGAUUAUCUCUGAGCUCGAAGUAUAGACCAAGAUUAAUAGAUGAAUUUUACAUUUUAUUUUAUCUAGGUACAAGUUGAUCUCGACUAUUCGAUCAAAUGGUAGCAUAAACCGCCUACUAAAUAGCAACUACAGUAGAAUAAGUUUAAAAUAUUAACACUUCCGUGAGACAUUGUUAACUUAUAUAUUCAUACGGCUUUACUCACGAUUUAUCGGUGUGGGUAGAGACUAGUUUCGUUUCCCACACCGAUAAAUCGUGUGUAAAGCCGUGUUAAUAAAUAAAUAAAUAAAAUAAGUUUAAUAAAGUUAUUAAGUCCUUUUUAUACGUAAUCUCAUCAGUUGAUUCGAACAUUAGUCGGUAGUAUUUUAUUUCAUCUAUACACCUCUGUUUUCAGAGGAUAGUUUAAAAAAUGUCUAGUAUACUUUUAUAUUUUAGAACAAUUAUAAUUUUUAAAAGUGAUAAUUAGUAACAACGAGGUAAGGUGCUCAAGGAUGCGGCAUUUAUUUUCUCUCAUAGAUAAUUUUAUUCUAUUAAUAUAUUUUAUUGUGAUAAAUGUCAUAAAUAGUUAUAUUGCUCACUAUUGAAAAAUGAUUAAUAAAAAUGUUAUAAUAAGACAACUCGCACUGCUGUAUUCGAUUACUAGCUUUGUAGUUUCACUUAAAAUUGUGACCAAUAUAAAUAUCUUAGGUAAAAAUGAACUGACAGGAAACGCACAAAAUAAUUACAUAAAAAAAAAAAAAUGUAAAUAAUGUCGUAAAAAUUUAAUAAAUAAGUUAUAAUUGAAACCCACCACAAUUUAAUACUUUAAUAAUUAUGUAUUAGCUUUGUAAAUAAAAAUAUAUACUUACCCGUAAGGAAAUGGUUGAAAUUGUAAGACUUGUCAUACUCUAUAUGAAAUACCACUGCCUGCAACCGUCCCAUUAAAAAAUAUAAUAGGCCAAAUCAAACUGUGCUAUUUUGGUGGAUACUAUUUUCUGUAUCAUAAUAUAUAAUAUAAAAAUAGCCAUUGUUGAGAGUUUAGAAUUGUUGGUAAAAUAAUGGUGCUACGAGUGAUCGAAGUUGUUUAGUUUAAAUGUAUUUUCAUAGGCUAAGCAGGGCAACAUAACAUAUAAUGCUCAAUUAUUGCAUUUUUUCUGUUCCUACUCUUUGUGAACCAAUUACUUUUGACAUUUUAUUUGUAAGUAUAUCUAAAACGUUAUUAUCACAUAACUCAUUGUAACUUUCAUAAAAUAUAAUAAUAUUCGGUAAAAUAAUAAGUAUUAUAAUUAAUUUUCUUUUGUUAGCAAAUAGAUAGUGUCAUUUUAUCAAUAUGCAAUAAUUAAUAGUGUUAUAUUUUUGGAUACUUCAUUAUUAUGUGAACUAUUUCUAUACAUUAUUUUAUAAAUAAAACAUUUUAUUAAUAUA